CCUGCUGGUCCCGGGUGAGCAGCGUCACAGCCGCGAUGUGUCAUUUCGACGGAUAAAUUACCGACCGUCAGACCCGUCCCGUCUCCCGUGCAAGGAUAAUGUCUGAGGGCGACCGUUAGUCAGAUUAUUGUUAGUCCACAGCUGCUCUUUUUUAAUAUUGUUCUCGCCCGGCUUGAUUUUUUUUUUUUUGGAUGAGGAUGAUGCUUCCGACGGGCAACAUGUCUGUUAUCUCGUCGGCUUUGUGGCUGCUCACUGUCGUCCUCUGCACUUCUCAGGUGAGCGGGAAUGAGGACUGUCUGUGGUACGUGGAUAAAAACGGCACCUGGCACAAUGGCUUCGACUGCCCUCUCAUCACCUUCUGCUGUGGGAACUGCCACCGGCGCUACUGCUGCCUGGACGCCUUCAAGAUGAUCACAGAGCGGGAGCAGAAACGCUGCAUGCUCUUCCAGUUCAGCCCCACUACUUUAGCCGGCAUCGCCUCCUCCGUUCUCCUGUUUGUGGCGAUCAUUGCGACUAUGGUCUGUUGCUUCAUGUGCUCUUGUUGUUACCUCUACCAGAGAAGGCAGCAGAGGGGCAGGACACCUUACGAUGCCCAGCAGAUCCCCAUGGCCAGCUACCCAGUGGAGCCCAUGUACGAUGCUUAUGGAAAACCACUAGGACCCACUGAGUAUCCGCACGCAGCUUAUCCAAUGGCGCCGCAGUACCCCGGCAUGCCCCCACAGUACCCGAUGAUGCAGCCCGGACCUUAUCCUCCACACCCGAUGGAUCCUGCAUACAGCCAGGCCCCUCCACCUUACUCUCCACCUCAGUAUCCUGGUCAUUGAUGGGCUCGUCUACAAACACACACACACACACACACACACACACACACACACACACACACACACACACACACAUACACAGAGUGGGAAACGACAGCAACAGAGGGAAAUGACUGUUUCAAAAGGAGAAGGCAGCACCACUCUCUCUCUCUCUCUCUCUCUCUCACACACACACACACAUACUCAAACACUUUUACACACACACACACACACACACACAUACUAAUAAACACUACAAUUUGACUAGCAGUGGUUCGCCUGUGAAAGCUAACAGGAGGCACUUUAAGGGGUUUUAUUUUUGUGUUUUUGUCCUACUUUUCCGGAGGAUUUACAUAAGUCACAUUGUGUUCCCACGACCCGACGCCUGAUUGCUCCCGGCGGGUUUCACAGAGGGUGUCGCACACAUCCCCAAAGUGAGGAGGUAUCCGGCCACCGUCUCGACACUGCGCUGCCACUUCACGCUCACCUCAGUGACAGGGUGUCACCUGACGACAAGGCUCAUUACCUCGAGGAAGAGGAGUCGGAAGGGAUUUACAAAAAUGAUAACAGACUCCCUCUUUAUUUAUUAAAGGGAAAAAUACUUCCUCACUUUUGUUAAAUUUGAAUAAAUUGAUAACUGCCUGAAGCUACAUUCCAGGUCAACUUGAUCCAUAUUUUCCAAAUACAUGAUGUCUUCAUCUGUAUUUGAUGUUUCUUUUGUAAUGUGGUGGAGGCUAAAGGAAGGCGUGUUUUUUACUCAAUUAUAAGGUGUAACUGGAUCGUAGGCAGUGUGAAGCUGUCUUAAUAUCGCUGCAAUGGCUAAAUGGAUUUUAUGAUUCUCCUCGUAAGAAGCCUUUAGUCGCCUCUUCGUCUAUUCUUUUUCUUAUCUGACUCGACUUGUAGUACAUAAGCUGCAUUAUUCUAAUGUAACAUCUCAAACAUCAGCAUGCUACCCAGUCAAACAUCUGUCUUCUCCUACUUCUUUUCCAGUUUUAAAUGAAUUAAAACUCUUGAUUAAUCCUAAUGUGCCAGGUAGGAUGUUUUUACCGUGGAAUUCAUGUUAAAUGUUUUAUUUCUUGUAACAUAUCAGGUCAGGGGAGCUGCAGGUCAUGCUGCUUGAUUAAAACAAAAUGUCCCGCCUUACAAUAAUUAACCAUGAAGAGAGAGAGAGAGAAAAAAAAAGAGAUUAACUAUUUAAAUAAAUAUUUUGUAAAUCUGUUCUUCAACUGAAUAUUUUAUGAUAUUGUAACAUUUUAAAACUGUAUUGUUGUAACAUAAGAUAUGAUGUUUUAAGCAUUUUGGCAUCUUUCCAUUUGGUAUUUAUUAUUAUUA